UUCGAAUUGGAGGAGCUGCUCGGUUCAGGCUUCAUAGCUCGUGUGAGUUCACCGCCUCUUUAUUCGAGUACCCUUUAAAUUUGGUUGAGCUCUCUUCGUUUUUCUCAUCAAUUAGCUCAAGAAACUCUGACCCAAGUUCAGAUUUUGAUUAUGAAACUAGACCUCGUUCUGUUAAAAGUAGUGAUUUUGAUGAUUAUAAUAGUGGGAAUGAUAGAUUUAGGAAAAUGGGUCAUGCAAAUAUUGGGGUUCAAAGCCAAAGUUUCAAGCUUUUUGAAGAGUCAGAUAGUGAAGCAGGGAAUGACAGUGAUAGUGAUGAGGAUGAGGAUGAUGUAAUAUUGUGGAAUUCUAAUAGGGUUUGUGAGGAAAGAGGGAAGUUGGGGAGAGUUGAAGGAGGUGGGGAUGGAGAUGAGGAUGAGUAUAGGCACCCUUUGGUGAGAGAGGUAGGUAGGUUGAUUGAGAUGAGAACUGCUUGGACUCCAAAGUUUGAAGGGGAGUUAAGGCACUUGUUACGGGGCUUGAAGCCGAAGCAGGUUUGUGCUGUUUUGAAGUCUCAGGCUGAUGAGAGAGUUGCGUUGAAUUUUUUUUACUGGGCUGAUAGGCAGUGGCGGUAUAAGCAUGAUCAGAUUGUGUACUAUGCAAUGCUGGAGGUGCUUGGGAAGACUAAGUUGUGCCAGGGUGCUAGGAGGGUUCUUAGGUUGAUGGCGCGUAGGCGGAUCGAGCUUCGUUCUGAAGCUUUUGGUCAUGUGAUGGUGUCGUAUAGUCGAGCGGGGAAGUUGAGGCACGCGUUGCGUGUGUUGACUUUGAUGCAGAAAGCGGGGCUUGAGCUUGAUUUGGCAAUGUGUAAUACUGCAAUUUGUGUUUUGGUGAAAGGGAAUAAGUUGGAGAAGGCGUUGAGGACCUUGGAAAGGAUGAAGCUUGUUGGGAUUGCACCAAAUGUACUCACUUAUAAUUGUUUGAUAAAGGGGUAUUGUGAUAUGCAUCGUGUUGAAGAUGCACUUCAGUUGCUUGAUAAAAUGCCGAAGAAGGGGUGUGCUCCUGAUAAAGUUAGUUAUUAUACUGUGAUGGAUUUCCUUUGUAAGGAGAAGAGGGUCAAAGAAGUGAGGGACUUGAUGGAGAAGAUGAUCAAGGAUGGUGGGUUGUUACCAGACCAGGUUACUUAUAAUAAUCUUGUCCAUGUGCUUUGUAAGCACGGCUACGGUGACGAGGCAAUUGAAUUUUUAAGGGAAGCCGAAGAGAAGGGAUUUCGGUUUGAUAAGGUUGGGUACAGUGCAAUUGUACAUUCAUUUUGUAAGGAUGGUAGGAUUGACAUGGCAAAAGAAAUUGUUAGUGAAAUGUUCUCAAAAGGUUGCACCCCAGAUGUUGUAACAUACACUGCUGUUCUGAAUGGGUAUUGCCGACUCAGGAAGGUGGAUCAAGCUAAAAAGAUGCUUCAGCACAUGCACAAACAUGGUUGCAAGCCAAAUACUGUAUCAUAUACAGCCUUGUUAAAUGGGCUUUGUCGUGGUGGGAACUCAUUGGAGGCAAGAGAUAUGAUGAACAUGAGUGAGGAAGAAUGGUGGACACCAAAUGCCAUUACUUAUAGUGUUCUGAUGCAUGGAUUCCGGAGAGAAGGGAAAUUAGUUGAGGCUUGUGAUACUGUCAAAGAGAUGAUUAAAAAGGGCUUUUUCCCUACCCCUGUUGAAAUUAAUCUCCUAAUUCAGUCUCUUUGCCAAGAGGGGAAGAUGGAUGAGGCUAAACGUUUCAUGGAGGAGUGUCUAAACAAAGGUUGUGCUGUUAAUGUUGUCAAUUUUACUACUGUUAUUCAUGGAUAUUGUAAAAAAGAUGACUUGGAAGCAGCUCUGUCGGUGCUUGAUGACAUGUAUCUCAGCAAUAAACACCCAGAUGCAGUAACUUAUACAGCAGUGAUCAAUGAAUUGGCAAAGAAAGGUAGAAUACAAGAGGCAACAGAACUUAUGAUAAAGAUGCUGGGUAAGGGUAUUGAUCCGACUCCUGUCACAUACAGGACGAUCAUCCAUUGGUAUUGUAAGAUGAGUAGGGUGGAUGACUUGUUGACCUUAUUGGAGAAGAUGUUCUUACGGCAAAAUUGCAAAACAGCAUAUAAUCAAGUGAUUGAAAAGCUUUGUAGUUUUGGGAACUUCGAGGAGGCUGAUAAACUACUGGGUAAGGUGUUGAGAACAGCUUCAAGAGUUGAUGCUAAGACAUGCCAUGUUGUUAUGGAUGGUUACUUGAGAAAAGGGAUUCCUCUGUCAGCAUACAAAGUGGCUUGUCGAAUGUUCAGUAGGAAUCUGAUUCCUGAUUUAAAGUUGUGUGAGAAGGUGAUCAAGAAACUGAUGCUUUCAGGAAACUCCAAAGAGGCAGACAACCUUAUGUUAAGGUUUGUUGAGCGUGGGUGCAUAUCAAACCAACAACAGGGACAUCUGGAAAGCUAAGGAGAAACCAACAAAGGACAGCUCUAGCCCCUGACCUUGGGUUGAAAGGGAUCAGCAUGAGGCUCUAUUUUGAUAAUGGGAGACAGUACUCUAUAUUGAUCAGUCACAUCAUUAUGCCUGUGUUUGGAGGUAAAUGUUAGACAAGAUCAGCAUGCCUUUGUAUAGACUCAGUUUCUCAUUGUGGCCUUGGCUUGCGUCUUCUGAUGCUCUUUCAUGAGCUUUCAAUUAAUUGUUUAGGAGUGUUCCAGUCACUCUGAAUGGCUUCUAGCCAGUUACUAGGUGAGAG